GACUGGAUCGAGUCGCUGGGGAUGACGGCGCCGAGCCGUGGGGAGAGCGCGGGGCCGCCGCCCAGCACAAAGCCGGUGCAUGAAAAAGCAGCUUCCCUGAAGAGCUCUGAGCUCAUGCACAGCCAGGAGAAACUGGAGGCGUCUCAUAAGGAGAAGAGCUUGGAUGCCCUGGAUGGCAGUUUGCAUCUGAAUGAAGCUCUGAAGGAUGAAGAAAUAAAGAAAUGUCUCAGAGAAGCGACACCAAAUAAAUACAACUCGCAGUACCACAAGCUGUUCAAGGACAUCCCCACGGAGGAGAGUGUCUUGAAAGUCUGCUCCUGUGCGCUCCAGAGAGACAUCCUCAUCCAGGGGCGGCUCUAUAUCUCCCCCAACUGGCUCUGCUUCUAUGCAAACCUCUUCGGGAAGGACAUCAAGGUGGUUAUCCCAGUGGUCUCGGUUCAAUUGAUAAAAAAGCACAAAACGGCCCGGCUGCUGCCCAAUGGGCUGGCUAUCACCACCAAUGCCAGCAGAAAGUACAUCUUUGUGUCCUUGAUCUCUCGAGACAGCGUGUACGAUGUGCUGAGGAGAGUCUGCACGCACCUACAGGUUUCAAGUAAGAAGAGUUUGAGUUUGAAAGAAUUCACAGAGGAACCUGAUUCCGUAUCCCUGGAGGUGAUUGUCCCAGAAGUGAAGUGGAGGAAGGUUUCCCCAGCAUCUCUCUCCCUAUCUCUCCCGGAUGCAGACUACCAGUGCAUCCACCGAGCGUCCAUCAGCAGCCUCAGCACCAAGGAGAGCUCUUUUAAUUCCAAGGAGCCCCUGGUAUCAGAAAGUGCAAUAAAUACAGAAGAGGAGGAAUUGGAGGAGGAACCAAACUAUGUAACAGAGCUGAGACCGUCUGAUUAUCAGCUCUUGAAAAUCUUCAUUGUACUGAUCUGCCUCCUGGUUGUGUCCUCGUCAUAUCUGGCAUUCCGGAUCUUCCGUCUGGAGCAGCAGCUCUGCUCUCUGAAUCGGGACUACCUCUCACGCGGGCACCGGAGGUGACCAUCGCCCCAGAGCUGUGGCUCAUGAUGGACUUUGACAGGAAAAUAGCAUUUUGUGUACAGAACUCCAGGGCGUCCUACUGGUGAGCGUGUCUGCAAUAUCGAGAGAGUCUGAAUCCAGGAUUGCUCACUCCUUUAUUCCGUGUUAUUUCUGGCUCGUGACACCUCCUUUUGCAAUUGCAAAACCCCACAUCCCUCCCUCCCUUGGCCCGUCAUGCUAUGGGAUUGGACUGGAGCCCAGCAGGCCAUCCAUGCAGUCACUUCUUCCAAGCGAUAGCCACCUCUUUGUACAAAACCCGCUGCCAAGCAUUGACUGUUUAUCAGAGUCUUGGGUGCAGCUUCGUUGGACGGCGGAUCGAGCUGCAUCUCCAGCUGGAUUCUGAGAGCAAGUAAGAACAGUUAGUAGCUCGAUGGUCCAGGAAUCGUUUCUGUUGAGCAUAGGAGGUGUCACAGCAGCAUGCAAUCUGCUGCGCCCUUGAUCAGCACACUUAGGACCAAAUACUGUUGUUCUUCUACCAGCAGAGACUCCUGCUCAAGCAGGGACAGACUGUCAAUAUAGCCUGAGCUGUUGCCAGCAGGACUCCCCUUCUUUUCAAUUGGCCAGGGCCUGGUGCUAGUGAAACCACAUGUUCUUCCAGGGGCCUUGGCUUUGGCCCAGAUACACGGUGCCCGGAGCCAAAUCACCAUGAUAGCGGGAGACUCUAGCACAAUGACACCAGCAUUGGGCCAUCGUCGCAUUCAUCGGACGGUGGCACAACAGAUUACAGGUGACCGGGCCUUUCUGGUGUGACACUGCUGGGCCCACUCCUAGGACGACUCAGUGUUCAAGUUACCACCAUUUUUAUUCCUAAUUCUGUUCUGUUUUCUUUUUCAAGGACAACCGUGGACCUCAGUUAAGUGAGAAGCCCUGGUAGCAGAGACUAACCCUCCCUACGGAGCUCAGGAUGGGGGACACAGCUGGGGCAUGUUCUGUUCUCCCAGAACACACAUCCCACACUCAGCUAGUUCUCCUCAGGACGGAUUUCCUCUUGCCCUUCGGGGUUUCCACAUUACCCUUCCACACUGGGCCUUGGCCUAGCCGGGUCCCAAAUGCAUCUUUGCUUAGGUGCCAGUGUUCAUACUCAGGCAAUAGCUCAGUUACAGUAGUUGUCAUAACUUUCAGUGUAAAAAUUACAGCUCCAGUGAGAUGCCAGACAGGUUCGAGGCCUCUUGGCCUGAUACCUGCUGAAGUCAGGUUCUUCAGGUGGCAAUAGCAGACUGUUAGUUGUGGGGAUUCUUGUGUAACUCACAUCCCCUGUGAGGCUAGUGUGCGCAGCAUAGAUCAUGCUUAACCGUCCCACAUCCCUUCCAAAACGUACCACGGUCCCUGUGCCAGCGUUCCUUCAGGGCAGAAGAGGUGAAAAUAAAGGGAUGAGGUGGUUCGCUAACCCCAAAGCCCAGCCCCACCCAGCGCUAUGCAGAGUACGUGCCAUACUGUAAUAAUACUCUGCUGCACUGGGCAAUCCAGGGAAAGGGCAGCCCGCCCAUCUGCAAGCAGAUGCAAAGCAAGGCCGACCUGCAUGGGGUAGAGUUUGGCAGUGGGGAGAUGAACGGGCUAGAAUUAGACCCCUCAUUCGGCUCCUUGAGGAGGCCAGAGGGACAGUUUAGAACAAGAUUCAGGAAGGCUCUGUUUGAAAGGCAUCUGCACUUUAAGGGAAAUACAGAGACUGGCCAGGAACCAGCAGUGUUGAGUCCAAACUUGGAAUGAUGGUUGUCUGAUGGCAGUGCCAGGCAUGCUGUGUUCUCCACAUGGGGCUCCUCAGCACCCCAAGUUUCUAACCACAGGAGAGGGCUGUAUUGGAGCACCCCCAAAGAAGAGUCAAGAGGUGGGCCUGGAGCUGGCCUUUGGGUGGUGGGUUUGUAGUAGGAUGUAGCCCUGCUGCGAUCAGGAGCCAGCGAACACCUUAGAGAGGGCAGGAGGAAUAGCUGUGUCUGUGUUCCCUCAGAAGCUCUGUGUCGUCAGUAUCUAAAUGAAACUUCCAGUGCUCUGUGGCCUGACGCUGGGGAGUGCAGGGACUGAGCAAAAACCCUGCUGUACAUGGGGGACAAUGGAGCUGUGGGGGAUGGGAUGGGAGGCAUGAGUGCAAUGCUAGAAGAGGCUGAGCUCAUAAAUAUUCAAAAGCCUGGCUGGGCUGCUGCAUAUUAGGAGUCCGGCCUGUUUAGCGUUCUAGAAGCACCUCUCGUACAGCCACUGUAACCAUGCACUUUAGGAGCCUGAUCCAAAGUCAAUGGAAAGACUCGCAUUGACUCCAGCGGGCUUUGGAUCAGCCCCUCAUUCCCCUCACGCUGAAUAAAGCUGUCUCUGCAUCGCUUGCGUGUGUGAAGCGCUUUAGGAUCACGUGGAACGAAAGGUGGGAGACAGACACAAUAUGGUGCAAGCAGCACCAGGACGCAGCACUCCCCUCACACCAGCAAGCAGCUCGUAUAACUCUGGCGUCAGGAUGCCUGUGAUUCCCUCAGUGAGUCAUUCCAGAAGGGAUGCGCCCAGCAGUUCUGAGUAGGCUGCUGGAGAGUGGCCAUGUUGCCACCAAGGUGGCUGCCUGUUACUCACCAAUCCCCACUUCUCCAGUGUGUGUGUGUGCAUCAGGCAUCCGCUCUUUGGGUUGAUUGUGUUUGAAAGCACUGCUAAACCGAAGUGCCAUGUCCCCUGUGAGCUCUGCAGGGAGCAGCGUCCUGCCUCAGCUGUCCGUCCCCCCCCCCUUCCUGCCCUGGCAGCCGAUCUCACAGGGGAGAGGAGUACAGCUAGCAAGGAGGAUGUGUGGAUUGGCCGCAGUGCCACAAAGUGCCAGGAAAUGCUUUAUGCCAGGGAUCAUUUCGGGAGUGGGAGGUCUGACUCACUGUCUUGCACAAAUGACAGCUCAGUUUUUCAGAGUUCAAAUCUCUUUCAGUGUUUAACAAAAAAAACAACCCUCCAGUCACAUUAACACACGCUCCUGGGGAUGAGGUCCCAGCGAGCAGUGGGGUGUGGGCUCGCUUUGCAGAUAGCGCUCCGCUCCUCCAUUGCUGGAAGUGUUUGUCUGCGGAUUGGCCAUCAAAACUGCUCUUGCACAUUUGCUUGGGUCAGGACUGCUCCCGGCUUUCACCCUGUCCCCUAUAAACAUAUGACAUCAGAACCCCUGCAGCUGGCAGAGAUGCACAUUGACUGUGUCAGCCACAGCUCUUGAACUGCUGUGGUAGUGCUGGCAGCUUCCUGCCAGCAGCAGGAUGCCUGGGAGAGAGACAGAGCUGCAGUGGGUGUAGCCACGUCUGCUGUAUUGCAUGGUGCCGUCCAGGGAGGAGUACUGUGAUGCUGACUCCUGCUUCAAAGCACAGCACUUACAGAGCUGCGGAGGGGGCUCUGCAGGCGGUGGCAGGACUUGCAGAAAAAGAACGACACACUCCAUGGCCUAACUCUGUGUGUCUGGGCUGAGCUCAUUCAACUGCCAUUAACCUCAUCGCCGCUGCAAGGUCAGCAGCUGCUUUUGCUCCAUUGCCAUCAGCUCCAGGGCUAAGCAGGGCUCCUGCAGCAGGAUUUGAACACUCCCUUCUGGAGGAAUAGGACCAUAUGAUGAGCUUAUUGAAGACUUGGGACCUGUUUGAGUAGCACACUCAUCCCAGGACCUUUGUUAGAGGAGGGCAGCGCAGCGCAGAACUAGGGGUGCCAUCGUGUGUUCCUAUCACAGCUAGCUGGGGCUGGGAAUCCACUCGUCACUGCACAGAGAAGGUUUCUAAGCACUAGCGUUUGGGAGUAACCGAAGAUUCGGGAGCUCUCCUGAUCCCCCUCCCAUUGCAGCUGUUUUCCACUGAAACCACACUCCUUGCCAUAGUCUGUAGGCACUUUCCAGUUGGGCAUUAAGCAAUGUGACUACGCAUCUCUCCCAUGUUUGUUCUCUUAUCCUCACCCCAGAGGGAGUAGCACGUGCAGGGGAGUGUCUUGUUUUGGUAAGGGUGAUUUUAAUCUUAUUUUUAUUAAAUAAAUACACCAGUUGCAGAAUGGAGGUCAAAGAAACGCACCUUGCACUUCGAGCAGAAAGUGGUGAGGUUUGUGGUAGCCCUUAGUUCCUGGCCAGGGGAGUUCAUUGCACAGGCUCAGACUGCCCCUGGAGAAAGGUCUGUCUCCCUCACAGAUGAGCUUUACUCUUUUUAUUGUUCCAUUGUGACAGAGGAAAAAAGUUGUCGACAAGGUCUUCAUCCCAGUCCGACCUUCAUCCCUUAAAUGAUCUUUUAGGUACCCUGGCACAGGCCGUCGAAUGCUUUGAGGAUAAGGACUGAGCCUUGAAUUUGAGUGGAAAUGCUAGGGGAAGCCAGCGUAGAGAGUAGAGGACUGGUGCUCAUGGCAGGCUGCGGUGU